UCCGAUGUUGUCUGUUUGUUUCAUAAAUGACAUGCCCGACGUUGUACACACCUCCGUACAAAUGUUUGCCGACGACGCCAAGUUAUUUCGGGAAAUCAAGAACUGAGCGGACUGUGAAGAGCUGGAGAAGGAUCUCGGUGACCUCCAGGAGUGGUCGAAGAAAUGGCCACUGAGAUUCAAUGUCAGGAAGUGUAAGAGGAUGCACCUGGGGCGUACCAACGGUAAGGAGGCAUCCCAACGGGAUGAAGAAACUGCACUAUUCAGUCUUGAAGUGAAUAUGUAUAGCUUACUGUGUAUUGGUAUUUCCGAAUGAUGUAAAUUUAUCCUUGCAAAGUUGUUCAGCUGUGAGGUGAAUUUAUGGCUGAUUGGGCAGUUCAUGGUAGUUGUAUCAUUAGCUUAUUUGAGGUCACUGAUUUUGUUUGGUAUAUAUAUUUAUAUAUUGGUCGUUGUGGCUGUGUGAGUGCGUGAUCCGUUGGUGGUGGUGCUGUGAGUGCGUGAUACAUCGGUGGCAUUGUGUGUGAGUGCCUGAUACGUUGGCACUGCCGGCGUCGUUGCGCGAGUGCUCGCAGGCAGUAAAGAUCACCAGUAGAGGAGAUUAUGUACCUACUAACACACCACCAAUCGGGUAUGUCUUCUCGGCUAAGUUAACCGUCGACUCGCACAUUGAAGAGGUUAACCAAGAUGACGGAAAUGACAUCAUUCGUCGCCCGAAGCACCAGAGCCUCGCACGUUGCCUUCGUAUAUAACUAACACGUGCACGCCCUAACUUAGUUGCCCACUAACACAGUAUAUCGGGCAUGGACGAGCUCCUUUCACCUGCAAUUAGUUGCAGUUCACUCGUAUGCUUUUCCCAUUUAGUUUAUACCGUACUGUAAUGUCCCAAUGAUCCAGAUUUGGUUUAUUACAGUAUAGCCAUUUAAUAAUCAAUCUAUCGUACACUGACAUAUUAACUUAGAGACUUAUUUUGACUCAUUAAUUUGGGAUUUUUUCUGUGGUAGAAUUCAUACCAGAUAUAAAAAAUUAAUAACUCGGGUUGUAAGGUAACAAACUUGUUUACGUUAAAGUCAAGGACGCGUUCUGUAUAAAUAAAAGUGUACGUGAAGGAUGCGGUAAAAUGACGAUAAGUCACCGUAAUAAAAACCAGCAUUGGGUCUUGAGCUUCGUCUUACACGUGUCCAGCAGGAGCAAGCGACACGGAGGACAGCACCUCCCCGAGCAGCCUCAACAUCGGCAUCGUCUUCGGUGACUCCGUCUUCUCCCCACUGACCGGCAGUCGACAAAAGCUCGGGUGGCAACGGAGGAGCGAGGGAUCCAAGCUUCACCUCGGCCGCCCUACGCCGGCUCGGCAUUCGCUUGGAGGAGGGCGAAGAUAUAGAUUUCUUCAUUGCAAACCUUACCAUUCCUCCACCACCUGAAGGAGGUGUGGACCUUCAGACGUGCGCGGAGAACCGUAAGACGGGGGAACGAGUGCGACAUCUCCGCGUUUGUUAUCCCGCCGCCUCCUCCAACCUCGGACAAGAAGGACAACAGGUCUUCCGACGUUAUACGGAGCCAAAGAAGGAAUCGGCAGGGCGAGUUGUUGCGAGGUUCAUCUAAUUUUCUACAAUUAAAUGCAAUACCGUAUUACUGUCGGGAAGAAGGACCACGACAUCGGCGAGGUGCACGUCGGCUCGGAGACGACGGCCAAGCGCGCCAGUGUAGCAGGGAAGGUCGCAUCUCUGCAGAGGCGCUUCGAAGUUCCUCCCAGGACUGCCUACGGUAGUCCGCCUACCUCAAGUGCCUCCGUAGACAAUCGUCGGUUGCUACCGAAGCUUAGCAAAGAAAACUCUCAUUCCCCAAGUGAUUCUUCGGGUUAUGACAGUCCGAGAUCAAAUAAUUCUAAUGUAGGACAUGAACUGCAUGCCAAAUUGGCACAGGCAUUAGAGGAAAAUGGUAAGACGUACAAAAGUUUCGACAAAUGACGAGUGCCAAAAAUACCGGCGGAAGUCGGGAGAGCGGCGACUCCAAGCAGCCGUCGGUCACUGCCAGAGUACGAACCUUCAGCUCUGGGGGAAACUGGACCGCCUCUUCUCUUCAGCGCCAAAUGACCGUGCCAACCGGUAAGGCAGAGGGAAAUAGGAGGACUCUCCACCUCCCCCUCCUUCAUGAACGUCCAUCACACGAGCCGGCACUCUGACUAACCCAAAGAAAUGCAAGCCUUCUCCUCCCUCGUCAAAAAUCCAGAGAAGUAUAUCCACGAGCACAGGUAACCUCUCCAAGUCUGCCUCUCGAGACGACACGACGAGUCACGCCAGUUACGACACCAUCCCGAAGUCGAGCACCAAAGCCUCGGCCUCCAGCGAAGACGUCGGCCAAGCCAAAGCCUCCCCGGGGUCCCCAUCCAAACAAAGCGUAGCCUCCGGUAACGAUUCUCUCGCGUUGUCCUCUACCGAAGAAUUGCUCUUAGAAUUUUCAAUAAAGCUCUAAACAUCA